AUGACGAGGGCGAGCCCGCGGAAGCGCGCGAGCGAAAACGAUCGCGAGGCGGCGAACGCGACGCGGCGGCGGCCAGUACCACCGCGCGGUCGCGCGCCGCCGUUGACGCCGAGCGAUAUCGAGGCGCUGAACAAGGCUGGAAAAAAACGCGUCCUCGCUCGAUGGGCAGCGAGGACGCGCGGUUUAAAAAAGCGCCUUUCCGCGCUGUCGGAACAGUAUCCAACGAGUUCCUUCAUACUUCUUUUCACGAAACCCGUACUCACGGAGUGCAGGCGAACUGGAGUCUGGGCUGAACAGGAAUUUUUCGUUCGCGGACCGAUCGUCGCGGCGCAGCGGCCGUGGAGGGAAGACCACGAGGAAAUCCUUUCCGGCGCGCAGAUUGUUAGACGAACGCUCAGCGAACUCCUUGGCUUUCCGAUGGAUGAGAGGGACCGCGCGCUGGAUGCUCCGUCGCGCGAGCCGUCGACAGAGGCGCCGGAAACCGACUCGGCGGUACCGACGUCCCUUCCUGCGCCGAAAUCGAUGUCCGAACUCUUCGAAGCGAUGAAAACGAUCGUCGCGCCGGAUUUACACGAAAAACUCGCGCACCUGCUGAUCGAAUCGCGGUGCGUUACGAAGAGCGGUCGCGAGGACGAGCGCGCCGUCGCGGAGAUCGCCGCGUCGUUUCAAUUGCGCGUCGCCCAAUCGCGACGAAGCGCGGUGGCGUUGCAAUGA